AUGUGGGCGACUUCUGUCGGCUGGGAAGCACUUCGAUCUUAUACACUAGACAUUAUUGACCAGACUCUAUCUACCACGUUAGUGCCGGAAGUUAUACUGCAAGCACUAACAGAAGUGAGAGAGUUACCACCAAAACGCUUUUCACUCCUAAACGGGCCUUCCUGGGAGCGCAGGUUUGCCGAUCAAGCCAUCUCGAAUGCAAUUGCUUUUGAUAUCUUCGACAUGCUACUCGGAGAAUUGAUUCACUUUUACACGCCCCAAGCAACCCAGAUCACGCUUGCUUUGAUUUCUGUAUUUAAGGUUCGAUAUGUUGUUGCUGAAGAUUACAUUUUCCAUUCCUUGCUGGAUGAGAUAAUUCCGGAGAUAACACUGAGUGUUUCAAGGAAUCAUAUGGCUCUGGUGGAAGAAAAACAACGGGAAAUGCGUGUAAAAUGUAUUGAAAAGCACGUCUCCGAUAAGCCAGCAAAUGUACUCGGUUCGAUUGCCCUGGAUGUCUUGCUACCGUGGGCAUGUGGACACCAAACCGGAUCAGUAGCUCACGACAAACUCGAGGAAUAUCUAGUUGAAGCACUUGCAUUGGAUUCCUUGUUUCAGUGCCUAGUCGCUAUUGACAGAAACAUAGAAAGACACACCGAAUGUCCUGUUCUGAGUGAGUAUCACGCAGCAGUAAACGCCGAUUUGUUUUUCAAGGAGACUCUUGAACUCUUGUCCGAGCAUACAGAAGCAGAUUUGGCUGAAUUGGAUUCGACGGAGGUCUUUGAACGAAUUUUUCAGGAA